AUGAAAAAUGCCUGCAUGCAAUAUGUGCUCUCUCUCUGAGUGAGAAAUAACUGAAAUUACAUUCUGUUCUUGCCAAUACAAACUCCCUACUAUCUGAUUCUCCAUUGGCUGUUGCAUGCUGAGUUCUUAUGACCGUGUUCCAAUUCUGAUGGCUGAACUGUGUUCUUCUGUCCCUAGGUGAUGGCUCAGCAGGCCGGGGCUGGGCGCAGGUAUAUCCGGGCGUUUGUGAGCGGCUUCUUCGUGGCAGUGCCCGUCACUGUCACUGUUCUGGACCGCUUUGCCUAUGUAGCACGAGUAGAAGGAGCCUCAAUGCAGGUGAGACACAUGCUUUCUACUUUUCUAUCUCUCUCCCCCUCUCCAUGCUUUCUCCAUCAAUUCCUACUGAUGUUGUUGUACUUUUACAAAGCCCCACUUUCCAUUUGUAGCAGAGUUAAUUUUAUCUAGGUAUCUAUCAUACAGUACAGAGAGGGAGAGGUUCUCUUGAAUGUAAUCAAUUGGCCUUACCCCACCCCCUACAAUUGCCAAUAUCACAGAAGACAUUUAGCCUUACUGAGAUUCAGAAGCCAUACAAUACAACAUAUGUCAUACUUCAUGGCCUGGGUUGACACUUAGCGUGAUGAAAUACAUCAAAUGUAUCUCACAGCUUUUCUCACAUUAAGAAAACAUAAACACUUGUUUUAAACCUCUAUAUUUAAUGCACAUCCAUCUUUCAUUCUGCUGUCAAACAGAGUUAAUCUGGUAUACACAUGUAGCUAUAAGUCAGUCGGGCAACCAAGACCCAUUGGUUUCACCUCAUUGGCUGGGUUUUGUCCUCCGUGUUGACAGUGUUGGAUGGCAGUUUAGCUUCUUGGGAAUGGUUGACUAGAGAAUCCAUACAGCGUGAUAUUGUAACAUGGGAGCUGAAGGGUUUUAUAGAAGCUCUAACACAGCUAAAGAAAGUUAAAUUUCUUUGGAAUAAUCCUAAAUAAAGAGAUCUUUCAGUCAUAGUUUUGUUUGUACCAUCCCAUAUGACGUAAUUAGCAUCCUAGUAUAUUUACAUGGUUUUCUAAGAAAGUAAGAAAAGUAACAACAAAUGUUUGUCUGAAGAAGAUCGUUAUUGAUCUCCCUCCUCCUCCUCCUCCUCCUCCUCCUCCUCCUCCCAUACUACUACUUAGUAAGUCAAUACAUUCAGAUACUGAAGGCUGUUUACAUUGUUGGAGUUGUUCAGAUUUCUCUAUGUUAUAGUUGUGUAGACAGACAGUUGCCUCACUUUGCCUCUCCUCCUACAAGACCGUGAUAGUUUAAACUAGAUUCCUUACAAAACCCCUGCAUUGUCUUGCCUUAGGCUGCAGUCUUCACAAGAUUGAAUUGUUGACCAGACAAUCUUAUUUGAUUGAACUUUCCUUGUCUCCUGUGUUGUUUUUUUUUCUGUUUUCAUUAAUUCUAGGGCGCUUUCAAGCUAGCAAGAUAUACAUUUUUGAAACAAUACAGCAUGUAAUAUGGUAAAAUAUGACUGAAAGUGAAAAUGAUAAUGUAUCCAACUGUAUCAGAUAAAUUCCGCGGCUGGCAGCACUCGUAUGGGAUAUUUAUUUUCGUCAGAUGGAUAAGAGAUAUUCUGUCAAUUACCCUGGCAAGCGUGAAAUGGCCUGUGCACAUUCUGUUUAAUGAAUCAUUCUGCCUGUGUCAUGUCACCCGCCGCUUGGAGCGGGGCUUCGUCACACACUAGCUCUUCGAUAAAGUGACACAGUUGUAAGAAUAAAUUAUUUAUGUUGGGGGAUUUCACAGACUAUAGGCCUACUAUACAGUGUACGAUAGAGUUACAGUCAUGGUUGUUGAGAAACCCUCUUGCGUUUCCCAUUGAGGGUGAAAUUGUUAAUUUUGUGGACUCACUGGGUAAGGAGAGUUAUACUGGGGCAUGUUCACAAGGUACAAAACUGAGGGAAACUUGAAGGUACUAAACUUGUCCAACCCUGAUGUACUCUGUAAGGGACUGUAGGAAUUAUGUGCAUCAUCUUGUUUGUGUUGUUGUUUAGAUUAUUGACCUCUGUACUGACCCUUGCCCCGAGACAUGGCUGUUGACUUCUAUGGCUUUAGACUCUAUAGUUAGUUAGCCUACAGCCACGUCUCAGGGCAACCCUUCCACUCCAAUAGAUUUAAAGGUAUGACGUGUGUUUCACCCAUAUCUGUCGGUGUGAAUCUGUAGACACAGGAAGACAUACAGGUAGGCUAGAUACAGAAUUUAGCUCAGUAUGGCAGGAGCCCGCUUCACUUCUUUAAGAGGAAUAUGUCAUUCUGAAUAUGUCACUCUUGGAGGAAUAUGUAAUUCUGUGGUGUUCAGUCUGUCUUCUGUUCCCUGGUUGCCCUCUGCUUGGCCCUUGUUGCUGUUCUUCUGUCCUGGACACUAAUGACAAUGUUGCUCGUUUCCCCUGUUCCUUGUUUCUUUCUGAUGUGAAACAGACAUAGACUCACCUUUUUUGUGUUUUUUGUGUGUGUGUCUCCUCAGCCCUCCCUGAAUCCUGAGGGGAAUGUGACAGGGUCUGACGUGGUGCUCCUGAACCGCUGGAGUGUGAGGAACUACCAAGUACGACGAGGUGACAUCGUAUCAGUCCUGUAAGUAACCAAGUUUUAACCACGUUUACAUCGACUUUUGUUUGUUUGUUUGCUGUCAGACAAGCUGGGACCUUGUUAGUUGCUAAGAUCAAGUGGAUUUGGAUAAACACUCUCUCCCGUUCUGUCCCUCUUUCUCUCUCUCUCUCCCUCCACCUCUGGAGUAGGCCCCUCUGCCCACGGCUGACUGAGCAGUGACGUUCUGCUCCCCUAUAACUCCCCUGUGCCGUUUUUAAAAUAGAGAACCUGUUGACACUGUUGGCUCCACAGCCGAGACAGAGGAGGGAGGGAGGGAGGGAGGGAGAGAUAUUACCAAGACUCCAAUUAGAGCACCACACAGCCACGUCAAGGCUCCCUGCUUUCAGACAUACUCUUUGUUCUGAAGCACCGUGGAAAGCCAAAUGUGGCCCUGGCUGCUAAUGAAAAAGACUCUCUCAGAAAUGGCAUCAUAUUCCCGAUAUAGUGCACUACCUUUGACCAUAGGGCUCUGGCCAAAAGCACUACACUAUGUCGGAAAUAGGGUGUUAUUUGGGAUGCAGUUAAAAUCUCCCCUGAAAUAAAGUAUUUUCUCUCUCUUUCUCUCUCCUCGUAGGCUCAAGUCCCUGGUCGCAGUUAUCCCAGACUACUUAUCUCAGUCUUUGUUUUUGCAAUGGCUGCUGAGACAUCAUUGUGUGAUAACGCAGCU